AUGCAGCUUCUUCAGCUCAAGCAGGCGAUUGCGCUGUCGCUGGCCGGUUUUGCUAUGGCGCACCCGGGAGCCCAUGAACCCAGCUCUUUUACUGAUGUCUCCAAGCGUGCCUUCCUGCACAACGCCCACCGGAGUCUGAGCCAGUGUGCCGGACAGCUCAAGAGAAAUGGCGUCCUUGAACGAGCUGCUUCUCGCCGCGCCGCCGUGUUUGAGCAGUACAAGAAGCGCUCCUUGGGUCUCCGCGAUACGGAGCAGGUGGUCAACACCUCGCACCACUCCUCCCUCGAUGUGACGCUCAACACUCCCGAGUCGGAGCUUUUCUCAAAGGACCCCGUGUGUAUCCUAGCUCCCGAGGGUGAGGUUGGCCCCUUCUGGGUGAAGGGCGAGCUGAUCCGACACGAUCUCUCCGACGGAGAACCGGGUGUGCCUCUCUACAUUGACGGCCAGUUCAUCGACAUCAACACCUGCGAACCCAUCCAGGACCUCUACUGGGACGUCUGGAACUGCAACUCCACUGGAAUCUACUCCGGAGUUCAAAGCAGCAUGAACGGCAACGUCAAUGACACUUCCAACCUCGACAAGACAUUCCUCCGUGGCAUUCAAAAGACUGAUGCUGAUGGCGUCGCGGGAUUCAAGACCGUCUUCCCUGGACAUUACUCGGGUCGCGCAACUCACGUCCAUGUCAUCGCCCACCUGGGUGCGGAGGUCCUCGCCAACAACACGCUGACGGGAGGCCAUAUCCCUCACAUCGGCCAGCUGUUCUUCGACCAGGAUCUGAUCUCGCAGGUUGAAGCCACCUAUCCCUACAACACCAACACCGUUGCCAUUACCGAGAAUGCCGACGAUCAUGUGGUCAUCGUUGAGACAGAGGAUAGCAACUCCGACCCCUUCUUCGAGUAUGCUUUGCUGGGAGACUCGAUCGAGGAUGGUGUUUUUGGGUGGAUUACCCUUGGAAUCAAUGUUACUGCCAGCCAUGACAGCAGUGCUACAUAUGCUGCUAGCCUUACCUCUUCUGGCGGGGUUGUCAACGAAGAUGCUUCGAGUGGCGUUGACAUGUAA